AUUGGCUUUGGAACCGUACGCCCUUCUUCUUCCUUCGUCCCCAAAAAUUACUCCGACGACGAUCUUUGAAGCCGUUCGCCGAAUCGAGACCAUGAGAGAUCGAGAGAGCGAGAAAUCGCAUAAAUCGAAGCAGCUUUCAGAUCUCUUCGAGGCCGACUCCAUGGUCCACUCCGAGGACGAGCUCCCCUCCGGCAGCGGCAUUGCUCCUUCCUCCGCCGACGCCAGCCCCGGCUACUUCUCCGAUAGGAAUAUCGCUGGAGGCUCCGUUUCCCCUUUGGAUUUCUCUACCUGGACCCCUCUUAACGCCGUUUCCCCGUUCGUCAAGUCGCCCUGGGCCUACCUCCCCCUCCUCGCCGACCCCGCCGCCGACCCCACCGACACCGGGCUUGUUGGCACCCUUGUCCGCAAGGAGGGCCACGUGUACUCCCUCGCUGCUGCCGGCGAGCUUCUCUACACCGGAUCCGACAGUCGCAACAUACGCGUGUGGAGGGGGCAAAGGGAGCUGUCCGGGUUUAAGUCCAGCAGCGGUCUUGUUAAGGCCAUUGUCAUCGCCGGCGACAGGAUUUUUACUGGUCACCAGGACGGUAAGAUUCGUGUGUGGCGGACGUCCGCCAAGAACCCCUAUUCGCAUAAGCGAGUCGGGACGCUCCCCAGAUUCAAGGACUUCUUGAGGAGUUCUUUUAACCCGUCGAACUACGUCGAGGUGCGGCGACACCGGAGAACCCUGUGGCUCCGCCACUUCGAUGCGGUGUCCUGCCUCAGCCUCGACGAGGAGGCCGGCAUCGUCUAUUCCGGAUCGUGGGAUAGGACCUUUAAGGCGUGGAGGAUAUCGGAUUUCAAGUGCUUGGAAUCCGUCAAGGCGCACGACGACGCCGUCAACGCGGUGGCGACCGGGUUCGGCGGGCUGGUGUUCACGGGCUCUGCCGACGGGACGGCGAAGGUGUGGCGGAGGGAGUCCGCCGGGCGUGGAGGAGAGGCCACCAGGCACGUGUUGGUGCAGGUGAUGCGGCGGAAGGAGAGCGCCGUGACGGCGUUGGUGGUGGCGGAGGCGGCCGGGGUGGUGUACUGCGGGUCGUCGGACGGUGCGGUGAACUAUUGGUGGUGGGAGGGGUGGCGGAGGCAGCUGGCGCACGGGGGGAAGCUCCGGGGGCAUCGGAUGGCGGUGCUGUGCUUGGCGGUGACGAGAAGGCUGGUCGUCAGCGGGUCGGCCGACAAGACUCUGUGCGUGUGGCGGAGGGAGAAGGGCAGCGCCGGCGGUGCCGGGGGGCACACGAAGCUAGCGGUGCUAACGGGGCACGAGGGUCCGGUCAAGUGCCUAGCGAUGGAGGUGGAGGAGGACGGCCCGGUCGCUUGGCCUCUGGGGCCGCGCUAUGUUGUGUACAGUGGGAGUUUGGACAAGUCGGUGAAGGUGUGGCGCGUGUUUGAGUGGGAGGUAUCAAGUGGGGCAACGCCGGCGGAAUCGUGGAGAGAGAUAGAAGCCUGCGACGGGGAGCGGCCGCCAACUUCUCCGUUUCCUGGGAGAGAAGGGACCAAAGUGACACGGCGGAGGAGCGGCGGCGACGGCGGCGCGGCUGUGUUGUCGGUGCCUGCUCGUUUGCAGGCUACUGCAUGAUGAUACACUGUACAUACCAUUUAAGUUUAUUAUUAUUAUUUUCCUUUUUUUUUAAAAAAAAAUAAAGGCUAUCGUGAAUUUUUGAUGUAA